CUGACCACUCUCUCGGAAUUCACAUUACUAUUUUCAGGUGGAGCUGAGGAGGCGUUACACGCUCGCCCUGGCAACCACACAUUGGUUCUAAAAUCGAGGAAAGGCUUCGUCAGGGAAGCACUGAGAACUGGUGCAUACUUGGUUCCAGUUUACUCCUUCGGUGAGAACGAGGUCUUUGAGCAGGUCGAGAACCCGAAAGGAUCAGCUGUGCGACGAUUUCAAUCAUAUAUGAAGAAAUUCGGCGGUUUCUCACUACCAUUUUUCUAUGGGCGAGGGAUCUUUCAGCUCACAUUUGGCUACCUGCCGUUCCGGAAACCUAUUGAUACGGUUGUUGGAGCUCCUAUUCCAGUUGUUAAGGUCCCUGAUCCAACGCAAGAGCAAAUUGACGAACUGCAUGAAGUUUAUAUAGAGAAGUUGAACGAGUUGUUCGAGGAGCACAAGCAAAAAUAUGGUGUUCCAGCAGAGACGAAAUUGGUCAUUGCGUGA